AUGCCAGAGAAUUGCGCUGCUGGAAACACUGAAAUUCUUGUGAAUGGACGUGAGCUUCAUCAGAAAGAUUUAGAUUUACUUGCUGGCAGAGGCCUUCCGAUCACAAAACAUAGGUCUUAUCUUAUUGAGUUCUCUGGGAGAGUCUUGGAUGAGCGCACUGGGGAAGAACUAGACAGCCUCGGGAAACUUGCCCCUACGGUUGAGAGGGUAAAGCAUGGAUUUGGUAUGAAAGUUCCUAGCCUGGUUGCAUGAUGAGAUUGCAUUGCAGCUGCUUCAGUUUCGACUUAUCUUCC